CCAAGCAGGUACUUGUGACGUCAUGUGUCGAUCAAUCUAUAAGCCCCGCCCUACUUGCCAGGAUAUAUGGCUGUAAUGAGUAGGUUGAUAGUGACAGUGUGUGUUGUUUUGUUGAUCACAUGUAGCCUUGUUGCUGAGUUCAGUGCCAGUUGAUACGGAUUUAUAAGAGUUUUACAAAGAUCAAAAUAACGCAAAUUGGAGGCUAUCAAUGAAAUCGUCGGAAGUGGAAAAGACUGGGACGCAGGGCAUGCCGGAACCGAGGAAGCGGAAACGACCUGCCUCAGAACUGAUACAAGAUUCGGAAGAGUUGUUUCAAGAUUUAAGUCGUAUGCAAGAGACCUGGCUAGCAGAAGUUCGAUGUGGACCUGAAGAAGGUGAACAAUUUGUAACAGAUUACAGUAAUAAUGGGGUUUCUACACAUUUACGACAAGAUAAUAAAGUAAAAGCAGAAUCAACCACAGUAACGUGCCGUAAAGAUUGUUCACAAAUUAAUAAACAGACUGCACCUUCAUCUAAAUUUGAAUAUGGUGAAAAGGCCUUUGUAAAUAGUCCCUAUGAAACUACAGCCCCAUCACCUUCUGGCUCUGUGUGUUCCUCAAACUCUGGAAAAGAGUCCAUAUCUUCGUUUAAAGAAUCUACAUUCAGUUCUCCAACAGAUGUUUACAUUAGCAAUGACAGAUUUGUAAGACCACAAUCGGAACCCAGUAGUGGUUACAACAGCCCAGAACCCCGAAAUCCCUCAUAUACUCAACAUUCCCUUAUCACAGCCACAUCUUACCCACAAUUCCUCAAACAUGACUAUCAUGAUCGUAAUUUCUUGCCUGCAAGGAAUUGUGGGUAUGGUCCAGUACCACCACUACCACCUAGUGUUAUGUCAGUUAAACAGGAACCAAGAGAUAACGGAUAUGAGACCUCUCAGUGUUGUGCUGAAAAUGUUCUGCCUUGUUCAAACUACAGUAGACCAGAAUAUAUCAACCAUUCCAGUCCACAAGAAGGUAUGCCCUACCCAUAUGAUGGAGCAAUGAGAUUUUUUUAUCACGAAGAUCCAAAUUAUUUCACUCAUUUACGAGACAAGCAUAAAGGAAUGGAAAUGAAAGGUGAUUUUUACCGUGAUUUUUACCUGGAGAGAUAUCAUCGUGAAGCUCCACCACCUACGUACCAGCGGAGAGGAUCAUUACAACUGUGGCAGUUUCUAGUCACAUUGUUGGAUGAUCCCACAAAUUCUGCAUUUAUCGCUUGGACAGGACGCGGGUUGGAAUUUAAACUCAUUGAACCAGAAGAGGUUGCUCGUCGAUGGGGCAUGCAGAAAAAUCGACCCGCCAUGAACUACGAUAAAUUAAGUCGAUCAUUACGAUACUACUACGAGAAAGGAAUAAUGCAGAAGGUCGCGGGGGAAAGAUAUGUGUAUAAAUUUGUGUGUGAUCCCGAAGCAUUGUUUUCUAUGGCAUUUCCGGACAAUCACCGUCCCAUUCUCAAAGGUGAUCCGCAAAAAGAAGACUUCUUUAAACCAGUAGCUCCGCAGCAAGAUAAACCAUUGUCAUUGACAACUUCUCAAGCUUUUAUUCCGACCAAUCGUAGAAACUUUAACUUGCCACCUCAUCCUCAUACUAACCCUGCUGCCAUGACAACAGAUCAACAUCGUUUACAGUAUAUGCAGGAAGUUCAGCGUAUGUAUGGACCAGGACCGUAUAUGGAAGGUUGUGUUUACUGACUGUAGAUUAUAUUUGAGAAUUAUUUAAAUAUUGUACAUAAAAACUUAAUAAUUACAUGUACAGAUAUAUUUAAAUCACAUAGUAUAAAGUCUGACAUCUGACUAAUAAUUAGUACCCUCUAUAUUGUGAUUUGGGCGGGGGGGGGGGGGAUCUUUAUUUAAAGAAAUAAGCUUACAGACUUUCUUCAGUCUAUUUCCUGACCCAUAUCAAAAUCAUGUGGUACACUUAAUGCUUUGGAGUUCUGCUAUAUAUUGCCAAUGCUAAAAUUUGAACAGUUUCACUCAUACAGGCCAUGAUUAUUAUAGUUUUUCCCCUGUAUGUUUAGAUGUCAGACUUUACGUGUACAUGUACAGACUAGUAUUUAUGGCUUUUUAAUUUAAUAUCAAGUAUGGUAUAAGUUAAGGCCAAAACUGUGGAGUAAUUUUAUUUCUGGUAUUGUAGACAGGAUUACCAUAUAGAUAUAUAAUGCUAUACACAGGAAAAAAGAUAUUUCAUAUAGCUCACUUUUUAGUAUCAUCUGUACAGCUCCGAUAACCUUAUGUAAUUCUAUUUCAUAUUCUAUAAUAGGUUAAAUGUUUAAGUUAAGUAAAACAAUUUUCUCUAUGUAACUAAAAUCAGUAUAUUAAUAAGUCUUUAGUUGCCAUUGUUUGAAAAACAUUGACAAUCAAAAACAUUUUUUAACAUGGCCCUGUAUACCACUAUUUAAUAUAGUCAUUAAAUUCUUGGCCAAUAUGACUGCCAAACAGUUGGUUUAAAUCCAUUUACAAGCCUUUAAAACAUUUUAAAGCUAUAUUUUUCCAUGAUAAAUAGAUUAACAUUGAAUGUGUGAAAGACCAGAAAUAUAAUUAUGAAACUAUGAUCAAUUUCAUUUUAUAUUUUAAAGAAAAUUGUAAAUAACAUCAAUACCUUAGUUAAUGUCUCAAGUAUGAUUAUUAAUUUGGAGUGACUUUUUUAAAUUAUAUGUAUGAUGUAUGUUUUUUUGAUGCCUCUGUAUCGUCUAUAACAUAGUUUUCUGUUCUGCCAUUCUCAAUGACAUUAUUGAUGGUAGCUGUUGAACAGUCAACAUUACACCUCAAAUUUUUUUUCUUCAUACGAGGUAUCAAGGAUGAUCUCGACAGUAUAGGCUGCAACAGCCAGUCUUAGUUUUGUUACAAAUAGUUUCUAUUUUUCAGUUAACUGUGUCAAAAUGUCUCACAGGGCCGGAUUAAGACUUUUAGUGGCCCUAAGCACUGAAAAGAUUAUGCUGCCCCCACCCCCCCAUAUGUAAUUCAAAAUAAAAACAAUACUAAAACGUAAAUAUAUGCUAAUAUUGAAAUAACUUUUCCCUAGAUUUUUUGAUCGCAAAAUUCCGGAUUAUGUCAUUUAUGUAGGGGUCUCUUCUGGUGAGUUCUGGUUCAUUUGCACCAUGGUAAAUUCUGCACUUGGAAAAGAUCCGGUCGAGUCCCCUUUUUUCCCUUGGUACUUCAAGCAUGUUCUUAUUUUGUUUAAUUGUUAAUCCAAGGCUACUGUCUCAUUGGAGUUCUGUUACUAGAUAUUCGUCAAUAUUAAUAACAUUAUUUUAUUACAUAUUUUGCUGGUAGAAUUCUAUCUAGUUGAUAUGUUUUAAGUUAGUUUACUAGUUAUUUAUUACUAGU